AUGAGUUUAGAUUUGAUUAACACGGUAGAUUUUGUAAGUGAAGUGGAAAGCCUUCCUGCUAUUUUGGAUGUGAAAAGCGAUGACUGUAGCAACAAACUGAUGGAAACGAGUGCGUGGCAAGAAAUUAUAACGAAGUUUAUGCCUGAAUUCAAUGAGAAGUACAUGGAUAAGAAAAACAAAAUUGACGUACGUGCACCACAUACGCCGCAAUUUCACCACAUAUAUAUCUUUAAGAGGAAGUAUUUACAAGGUAAAAGAGGGAUAGAAAAGCCACCUUUUGAUCUGCCAGACUUCAUAAAAAAGACAGGAAUUAUGGAGAUGCGUGCAGCGUUACAGGAGAAGGAAGACCAACGAACAUUGAAAGCGAAAAUGAGAGAACGCGCCCGUCCAAAGCUUGGAAAAAUUGAUAUUGACUACCAAAAACUCCAUGAUGCAUUUUUUAAGUGGCAAACGAAACCUAGGAUGUCAAUCCACGGAGACUUAUAUUAUGAGGGUAAGGAGUUUGAAACACGCCUGAAAGAAAAAAAACCAGGUGACUUGAGUGAAGAGCUACGAACUCCAUUGGGCAUGCAUGUAGGCCAUAACGCUCACAAAGUUCCACCUCCUUGGCUCAUUGCCAUGCAAACAUAUGGACCACCACCAUCGUAUCCCAACCUCAAGAUACCAGGCUUAAAUGCUCCUAUACCGGAUGGAUGUUCCUUUGGUUACCACGCAGGUGGUUGGGGAAAACCCCCUGUUGAUGAAUCGGGAAGGCCUCUUUAUGGAGACGUUUUUGGUGUUCAGAGUCAGGAUUCGCAGGCAAAUAAUGAUGAAGAAGAAAUUGAUCGAACAACAUGGGGAGAAUUGGAAUCGGAAUCUGAGGAAGAAAGUGAAGAUGAAGACGAAGAUGAAGACGAGGAAGAACGGCAGAAAGAAGAUGAAACUGGGCUUGUUACACCAGCUGAAGGUCUUAUCACUCCUUCUGGCAUAACAUCAAUACCUGCUGGCCUUGAAACACCUGAGAUCAUUGAACUCAGGAAAAGAAAAAUAGAAAGUGAAAUGGAAGGGUAA